AUCCACGCUACAAGUGCAAUUGUGUUGUGUUACUUGAUUAGAUGGGUAUGACGAACCCCAGUCGCUGACGUGUCUUCUAUUAUCAACCACUGGCAACGCCUAGGCACUCCUCAGAAACAUAGCGUGUAAACCAGUAUGGUGAUACGCCAGCUCAAGGCGGCUUCAGGCCGCCAACACCAUCGGGGCUGCACGGCGCCAACGGCCUCGUUGCGUUGUAGGGAGGUGCUCCGUGCGCAAUGGGCACAAUGCCCGCUUGCACCGACGCGACGAUCUUACCUUCAGCCGUAUCCGCAGCAUCAGAGAAGUGCUAGAAGUUCAUCUAGACAAUCCGACGUGCUAUCUUGGCGACGAUCCCCUUCCAGCCGCUCCGAUGCUACUGCCAUCGUCGUCAAUGCGGUACCUAUCGGCGGUUCAGCUAACAGCAGCGGUGCCGCGUCCACCUCAGCGCCACUGGACCUUCCCCUGCCGCGGCUGCCAGCAUCAUUUCAGCAACCUUCCUUGCAUCAACACCACCUUCAGAAGCUUCCGGCCAUCUUGCAGCCAUUGCUGGCCGCAGUCCUCACCGCCACCUCCGGUCGACUUGCUUCUCUUCCGCUGCCUCUGCUAGUAUGGCUACUACGGGUGCUAGCUGCUACAGAUUUGCCGUACUCUACCUCACCUAAGCCAUCACUACAGCAUCCGUCGUCAUCGACGACAACAGCAACAGCAUGGUUGCAAGAGGCGUACGGUAGUUUGCUGACGCGGAUGCAGGAGCUCACGACGACUCAGGCAGCGCAGGCGUACCUGGCCAUCACCAACCUCCUUGUCCGAGCCGCCGACUGCCAGUGUCAAACAAACACCUCAUCGGGUCCCUUGCAGCUGCCCCCGCAGCCCCCAUUGGUGCUGCCGCAAGCGGAGCUGCUGCAGGGGCUGCAUGCCAAACUGGCCCACUGUGGUGACUACCCAAAUGUCGACGACCGCCUGGACCCACGGGUCGCUCUGGCAUGCUUGGAAGCUGCCGCCACGCUAGAAUCCCCACUGGGACCUCUGCGCUUCAGGCCUAGAAGCAGCAGAGUCGAAGACAGCGAGAAUGGCAGGCGCAGAGUGCCGAACGAGCUAAGAGCGCCGUCGCGGUCAUCUCAGAGCCAACAGCAACAGCAGUACGACAGCCGCAGUCAUUUUGUCGUACAUCCUGUCGUACAACAACAACUCCUGUGCAUGCCCCAAUCAACGGUAGAGGCGCUGUUAUGGCGGUCGGUGGGAAUGCGGGUACCGCAACCGCAUGCGCCUGCUGCUAGCCAGGCUAGCGACGACGCUGCUGUUAAUGCUGCUGCUGCUGCUGCUGCGGCGGCGGUGGAAAGUUUGGAUGUGGUUUUGUUGCCGCCGCCGGGGGCUGCAGCCGCGGCGGCGCGAUGCCUGGUCGCCGCAGCACACCUGGCAAACCCGCCGAGCUCUGCCCUCAUAGCGGCGCUUGCAGCAAGGGUUGCUGCCGACGGCAACGGCAGCGGCGGUACGCCGGGCAGCGGCGCGGCCGUCCCAUCGCCUCUUCUAGUUGACUCGCUGCUAGCACUCUGCGCUCUGCAAGUGCCGCCACUUCCAACCGCAACAGCCGCUGAGCUGCUCCGUACAAUUGAAACGAACCUCGGGUCCAUGGAUGCCCUACAACUGUCGUACAGCGUAACCGCCGUACAACGGUUAGUGC